GUCGAGACUGUCAAAGGCUACCGUUGAUUAGCUCUGGAGAUCGGCACGUGGGUGGUCGAUGCUGAUGACCUGGGGGUUUCAAACUUUGAUGCGAACCUGGUGAGGAGGGUGUUAUGCAUGCUGAUUGGUGGCUUGGGACUAGGGUGCACUAAGAGCUCACGAGGGUGGUAUUGGACGGAGUGGAUGAUUAGAGGAAUCAGAUAUUGGGAUGGAUUAUGCGAAAGGGGAUAUAUAGUUUCGAAACUCCUGCUAUGAAACUCGCGUUGUUGUUGUUUCCCACCUCCUUUCAUUCAACUGUGGAAUAAGGUUGAGAAGCUUCAGCCCCAAUAUACAAAGGUCAAGAAACACAUACGGGUACAUACUCAUUUCGUUCAUUCAACUCAGUCAUUAUGAAGUCCUUCGUUUCUGUCGCUAUUCUCCCUCUCGCGGUUCAGGCUGUGAGGAUCGUUCAGUCCAACGAUGAUGGCUGGGCAGAGUCUUAUAUCCGCACUUUCAAUGACGCUCUGAACAGCGCGGGCUACGAUGUCGUUCUCUCCGCUCCUGCAGAGAACAAGUCUGGCAGCAGCUCUAGGGAUGAGAAGCCUAAGGACCGCACCACAGCGUGUCAGUACGACAGCUGCCCUGCCAACAGCGGCCCUGUUGGCCAUGACCCCAAGCGUCCUGACCUCAACUGGGUCAACUCAUUCCCUGUCACUUCUAUGAAGUACGGUAUCGACACUUUUGGUCCUAGCUUGUGGGAUGGCGAGGCUCCCGAGCUUGCUGUCGCCGGUCCUAACGUUGGAACCAACCUCUGGCUUCAAGUUCCCUUCUCAGGUACCGUCGGCGCUGCUUGCUAUGCUGCUCACGAAGAGGGCAUCCCAGCCAUUGCCUUCUCUGGAGCGUCUACCGGAAAUACCGCCUUCAACACUAGCCCCGUCCCCAAGCGCAGUCUUGUAUACGCUGAGCUCGCGACCACACUCGUCAAGAAGAUUGUCGACUCUGGAAAGCCUUACUUGCCCGAGGAUGUUUAUCUCAACGUCAACUUCGGCAAGGUUGAGGGCAAAUGCACUGAUGCGUCCCAGUUCCAGUGGGUGCUGACUCGCAUCAACACUGGUCUUCUGUCCGAGCGUGAUACUGAAUGGUGUGGUGAGGAUCGUCUCCCUACUGAGACUGAGAUUGCUCUUAAGAGUGGAUGCUAUGCUUCUAUUAGUGUUGGAGAUGCUGCUGAUAAGACUACUGCUGAUGCUGCGCGACAAAAGGUUGUGUUGGGCAAGUUGAAGGACAUGCUUGUUUGCGUUGAUUAGAUAGCGAGUGACAUAACGAGUGAUUCGACUAGAUCUAUAUGUACAUAGACUAUAUUAGCAUAAUCAAUUCAAUAUCUCAAAUAG